AUGAACCGGCUCCGGAACAUCAGGCGUUUGGAGCCACUCCAGGGCCCCCUGAAGUGGGUCCCCACUCUGGGCGAGCUGCAGAAGACCCUUCAGAAGGGCGAAUACUUGCCCCUCCGCCCGCUGCCCAUGUUUGAGAGUAACUUUGUCCAGGUGACCAGCCGAGGGGCCCCCGUGUUCGUGCACCACAGAACUAACCGAGUGACCAUGGGUGUGGCUGCCUCCCUGCCAGGCCUGGUGUUGCCAGACAUCCUGCUGAUGGCCCAGCCACCAGAGGGCAGGGAAUGCUCCAACCUCGUCCUCACCAGGAUGAUCCCGCUGGACCUGGUCCACCUCUACGUCCACGACCUGACUGCCUGGCGCCUGAAGCUGCGCCUGGUCACAGGCCGCUACUACUACCUUGAGCUGGAUGCCCCUGACAAUGAGGUUGGCUUUCUGUUCGACCGCUGGAUCCACCUCAUCAACCUGCUCCAGCAGCCCGCCACCUUCUGGGCCCCCAGGACCCUGCAUGUGCCCCCCAUGGACCUGGCCAACAUGGCACCUCCUGCCUCCACCUGGCGCCUCCAGAAACAGUCCCACCACAGAAGAUCAGUCACGAGUGUCCAGCCCACCUUUCCUUACAAGACGCUGACAACUCAGAGACAGAAGAAGGCCAAGACCCUCAAGCGCAAAUUCAAGUCUCAGGCAGUGGGUGACUCCAUGCCUCUUGUCUGGUCGCAGUUGGACCAUUCUACCACAAGAAAGAAAUCCACAGAAAAGAAGCCCCAAAUGGACCUCUGCCUUGACAGACCGCAGGCCCAAGUCCAAGUGUCCGGGUCUGGACCUCUGGGUCUGAGGGAGAAGGGGGCUGGGUCCUGGGUCUGGGCAUCUCUUUGGGCACUGACCAUCCUUCCCUGCCCCUCCAUCCACCUACAGGGUUGCUCUAAUUCUGAGGUGGCCACAUGCCUGGCAGGUUUGAUUGAGACCCCUUCACGCUGUGUCUCAGUGGACAGCCCUAAAAUGCGCUUGCUGGGCUCCUGUGAUCACCUGGAUAUGUACCUGUGGCAGCAGGACAUGGAAGACCUGAUGGACCCUGAGUCCAGCACCUUGUCCACCUCCUCCCUCUGCAGGACCACCCACCCGACCGACUUACACCUCUCUGCCCCCAAGCCCUCCUUCCCCAGGUACAAUGAGGAAGCCAGGACUCCAGACUCUGUACAGAAGCUGUGGCCACCACCCUCCCAGAAGGCCCCAGCUGUCCCUGCCACCUCUUACAAGGCUCCAUUCAUCCUUGACCAGACCCAGAAAGUCUCAGCUGUGCCUGCUCCAUCCAGGAAAGCUGCAACUCACCCCGCUGCUCCCCAGAAGGCCCCGGCCAUACCUGGCCCAUCUCGGAAGGCCCCGCAUGGACCUACCAUUCCCCACAAAGCCCCAGCCGUGCCCGCCCCACCUCGGAAGGCCCCUCAUGGAUCUAUUCCCCACAAGGCCCCAGCGGUGCCGGCCCCACCUCGGAAGGUCCCACAUGCACGUGCUAUUCCCUUGAAGGCUGUGUCCCCCCCUGCCCCAAAGAGGAAAUCUCUAUUCCUACCAACCCCAUCCCAGAAGGCUCUGACCUCACCUGCCCAGCACCGGAUGACACUGGGGCCUGCCAACAUUGGCAUGCUGCCCAUGGGAAGUCAUGGAGGGGAUGUGCUUGAGAAAAGCAAGCCUGAAGGGAAGCCAGAGCUGGUGGUGUUGAUGGGCGCCCAGGAGGCGGACGUGGUGGAAAUGAGGACUCAGAAGACAUCCCUGGGACUGCCCUUCACUACCACCGAGAAGGAGUCGGAGGAAGUCCUGAUCAGCAGAGCCCAGGAGAUCUCCGUGGAUGGCUUGAAGGGCAAGGGCAAGUUGGAAGACAAGGUCCACACGAUGAAGGAGGCAAUCUCUGCGGACAUGCCCGGCUUCAGAUCCCGGGAAGUGGGGCAGCAGAAGAAGUGGGUCAAGACCCAGGAGCUGGCCAUUGAGGAAGCCCCUCAGGGGCAGGCCAGGCCCUUCUCUGCGGAAGGGCUCGCCCUUGCCAAGCUGAUGAUCAUUGCUGGCUCCAAGGAGCACCCCUUGAACCCAGCUCUGGUCAGUCUACCCUCCUGGCUCUCCACUGCCCAGGCGUCUGCCAUGCCAACGAUGGGCACGCUGCCCCUCAGCCCCACCAAGGUGUCCUUGCUGGAAGAGACACCAGCGGUCGCCAGGGAACAGCCACUGUUGGGGGCCUGGGUGAAGGGGAACACAGGUCCGCAAGCAGAGGUGGAGGGGGACAUGUGUCCAGGGGCCGAGGCGAAGGAGGUGCCCCGGGACCCGAGGGGGCCUUUGAAAGUGCCCCCCCGCUCCAAGCGUGCCACCAGCAGCCCAAAGAUGAAUACUGCCUCCAAGACUCCCAUCCCUCUGCCCGCAAUGAGGUGGGAGGAGAUACCCGAGUCACCCGUCUCCAUGGCCCCCAUCUCAAAGACGGCGGCUAGGGUCUCCCAGCAGCCUGAGAGGGUAUCUGAGGAGCUGGCGAGGGCACCAGACCAGAGUCCUGUGGCCACUGCGGGGUCAUCCUUGGAGAUUCUCUUGCCGACUCUCUUGGAAAUUGAGAGUAUGAAGGACGCGGCCUCCAAGGUGGAGAAGAUAAAGAAGGAACUGGGCGUCUUCGCUCCUUCACCCAGGUAUUUGGGGUGACAGCUAAAGUGUACUGACAGCUCCAUUAUCCAUGAGGGCAGAGGGUCAUUCCCUCUUUUUUUUUUUCACUUUCCUUCGUGUGCUCAAUGUAUAGUGAGUGUCAGGCAUCAUUCUACACCCUGAUGUGGCACUGAGCAAUUUGGGGAGGGGGUGCUCCUGGCAUCUUUUGGGUAGAGCCCAGGGACGCAGUUCAAUAUCCGACAAUGCACGGGA